UUUAAAAAAGGAGUGAGAGAGGAAGGGGGCCGGGGGGGGGGGGGGAACUCCAGGCAUCCCAGGACUGAGUGCUAUGUAACAAGUAGCUCCAGAGGAUCUUGGACUGAGUUUUUCACCAGUUGUAGGCGAUCACUGCCCACACAGAAAAAGCUGGAUGGGGAUUUCUGUUUGCAUUUUAAAAUCCAAGCCUGGGAGAGAUUGUCCCAGGAGAGGCAAUGCCAGGUGCUGGCCUGAGCUGGCUGGAUGCAGCCCACAGCCCCAGACAGCCAGGAGCUGUGAUGCCUCAUUAGUUUAAUCAGUCUCUCCUUGGCGCAGAGGUGGGCAAGGUACAGGAGUCCAAGAGAUGGAGAUGCCAGUGGACCUGAACCACUGAACACUCCUCUGGGAGCCCCAAGCAAAGGCCUCCAGUGAGCUCUGCCCACAGCCAAGGAUCACUGACAGGGAACAGGGCUGAGGCUGCUGUGUGGUUUUAGGGACUUGAGGUGGCCAAAAAGGGAGGUCGUGGCCACCAGAGUGGCCAGAGGGAGGUCAGGGUGGGUGGUGGUACUGAAGCUUAAAGCUGGGAUGUGGGAAUGAGGAUCAGCUCCUGAGUCAUUGGGGAGAGUUGGUAACAUCCACAUUGAGUUUGUCUCUUUUUAUUCUCCAUCACGGAUGGCGGUAAUAUGACAGUACAAGCACUGGCUUUCAGCCCCCAAACAAGACCUCUUCAUCAGAGAGCGCUAAUUACCCAGGACGCAGCCUCCUUACAAGCUCUGCUGCCCUACUGCCUGCAGCAGAGGCACGAUGCUACAGACCUGGCAAUGCCACCUUGCACCUUGGCAAUGAACUUUUGGAGUCAUCCCCCGUUCCUUUCCCAUGCGCUUGCGACCCUUUGCCAUUUGAGAGAUGAUUUUCCAACCCCCUCUUUUCUCAUGCUCUCCUUGGGAACGGUCCUGUGGCUGUGGAGUACCUGUGGCAGGGGGCAGCUCCUGGACAGCAUGGUCCAGCUCCUUUGCCUCCUGCUGCCUGGAUGAUGGCUUUGAAACUGGGGAGUACAUGGGAUGCUGGGCCCACUGGGGGGAUUUCCCUGAUGUGUGUUGCCAAAAGAUUUUUCAAAGAGGCUUGACUUGGAAAUGACACAGAGCAGUCAUAUUCCUUGAUGGCAUCUUCAGAUAGCUCCAUCCAGACUGCCUUUCCAGAGGCACCAUGCCCUGCUUGUACUUAACCUUCACUCCAGCCCCUUCAUUCCCCGAGCUCCCUACUCUCAGAGAUGUGAUUUCACUCCCUGCACCAGGUCCCCCAGGGCAAGCAGGGCUCUGUUGUCCCAGGCUCAGAGGGCUGCACAUGCUGCUGUCAGGGGAAGAGAGGUGACAGCUGGGCGCUUCUAGUUAAUGGGCUUAACUGCUAAUGAAUUAUUAGAUGUGGGGAAAGACCAGACCUGGCUUUUGCAGACGUUCAGCCCCAUUAAUCAGCUCUGUCUGCUCUGUGUAGCCAGGAGCUUUCAGCAGCAGCCAGUGGCCUGGAUAGCCACAGCCGUGGGGGACAUCCCCUCCGACCCAGUGUGAUCUGAGCACACUGCUUGCAGCCCGACCCACAGUGGGCAGGCAGACCCUUUCAAAGUCCAUGGUCUAAAAGGUCCAUUCCUGGACUUUGUUAAUGCAACUCUGUCUCAGAGCUGAUCUUGCGCAGGAGGCAACUGAGAGGUCUGCAUACAUCAGCUCUCCUUAGGAGAAGGUGGGGGACCCAGGCGCCCAUAGCUGACCCAGAACAGGAAGGACUGGGGGAGAAAUCAUGACCCAGGAGCGACUGUGGCAGGUCCUAGACCCAUCAUGGGCAGACCCUCGCAUCCUCUCAGCCUUGCUCUGUGGUUCAGCUGCAGCCAUUGUGCUGCUGAAACGGCUGCAGCACAGGAGGAUCCAGCAGAAGAUGGGAGAAGCACGGAGAGCACGGGAUCUGGCCCUGGAACAAAUGGAGAAGGCAGCUCGCAGGUUUAAACAAGAGAACCCAGGCACCCAGACCGCACACAUCCUGUCGCUGCCCAUGGUGGAGCUGGCGGAGAAGCUGAAGGAGGGGUCCCUGUCCCCAGAGAGCGUCCUCUACUCCUACAUGGGCAAAGCUUUGGAGGUGACUCAGGAAGUGAACUGUGUGAUAGACUUCAUUCAUGGCUGUGAGGAUCAGCUCCAGAAAGUGAAGAAGCAGAAGGAGAAAGGGCUGCUCUAUGGCAUUCCUGUCAGCAUUAAGGACCACAUCAACUGCAAGGGCCACGUCUCCUCUGGUGGGCUGGUGAAGCUUCUGGGCCAGGUGAAGGAAGAAGACAGCGUCAUCGUCCAGGUUCUAAAGAGCCAGGGGGCAAUCCCCUUCGUGAAAACCAACAUCCCUCAGACAAUGAUAAACUAUGACUGCAGCAAUCUCAUUUUCGGCCAGACCCUGAACCCUCUCAACCACCAGAAGACCCCCGGAGGCUCCUCAGGAGGGGAGGGAGCUCUGAUCGCAGGGGGUGGCUCCAUCCUGGGCAUCGGCUCAGAUGUGGCGGGCAGCAUCCGCCUGCCGUCCAGCUUCUGCGGGCUGUGUGGGCUCAAACCCACAGGCAACAGGAUCAGCAAACUGGGUGUGGUUUCUCCUAUCACAGGAAUGUACUCAGUGACAGGGACGCUGGGGCCGAUGGCGAGAGAUGUGGACAGCCUGGCCCUCUGCAUGAAGGCACUGCUCUGUGAUGAGAUGUUCCGGCUGGAUCCCACCUUGCCCCCUAUCCCCUUUGAUGAGGAGGUUUACACCAGUUCAAAGCCACUUCGGAUUGGGUAUUAUGAAGGAGAUGGCUACUUCCAGCCCUCACCCAGCAUGAAACGGGCCAUCCAGGAGACCAGAAAGCUCCUCCAGGAAGCGGGGCAUACACUUGUCCCCUUUGCACCGCCCAAGAUUGACUACGUGGUAGAUGAGCUGUUCACCAGAGGGAUUUUCUCGGAUGGUGCUGCUCACCUGGUGGACUCCUUCAAAGGAGACAUUGUGGACCCCAACCUCAAAUCCCAGUUCAAUACGUACAGGCUUCCUGCUCUGGUGAAAAGGAUCUUGGCUAUCAUUUUGAAACCCAUUUACCCACGAAUUGCUCGGGAUCUCAGCGCUCUCUGUGGAGUGGGGUCUGCCAAAAACCUCUGGGAUCAGCAUGCAGCAGUAGCGGUUUACCGUACCGAAUUCAUUGCUAAAUGGAGAAAGCAAAGACUGGAUGUGAUUCUCUGUCCUGCACUGGGUCCAGCCUUUAACCAUGGCUAUGCUGGGAAGCUGUUUGCUGCAACCUCCUAUACCAACUUAUACAAUGUCUUAAACUUCCCUGCUGGAGUGGUGCCAGUCAGCACAGUCACAAAAGCUGAUGAAGAAGAACUGAAGCAUUACCGAGGGCACUAUGGGGACCCUUGGGAUAGGAGACUAAAAGAGGCUGUGGAAGGAGCUGUGGGGCUGCCUGUGGCUGUCCAAUGUGUGGCUUUGCCGUGGCAGGAGGAGCUGUGCCUGCGGUUCAUGAAGGAGGUGGAGACACUUUCCCGUGGCACAAGGAGAAAUGUGUGAUUUAUCCGGAUCUGCCUCCAUGAUAACAACCUUUCAUUCCCUGUCCUUCUCUCCAGUCACCUUCUACCUAAUGCACAAAGCAAAGUAGAUAGCGAGCUGCAGACUCUGAAUCACCAUUUCAAUAAAAUGGCAGUAAAUGCUGUUUAAA